AUGGAGCAAUCGACUAGAGCCGCUAGACUUCUGCUCUUGAAUCUUUUUAUGCUUGGCGUUCAUGCUCACUCAGCAGUUCAUUCAUUCGCCAAUGCAUCUGCAUCUGAUCAUGAUUUUAGCUACAUGAAGAUUGUGAAGGAUGCCACUGAUCUACCGUUGGUAAAUAAUGACUACAUUGUAGUUGGUGGUGGAACAGCAGGUUGUCCAUUAGCAGCAACAUUAUCAGCAAACUACUCGGUGAUUGUCCUUGAAAGGGGUGGUGCUCCUACUGCACAUCCAAGUGUCUUGCAAGAAGAAGGGUUUCUGAGUACUCUCAUGCAGGAAGAUGAUGGAAAGACCACACCAGCUGAGAGGUUUACAUCAGAAGAUGGUGUUGCUAUUGUUAGAGGAAGGGUUUUAGGUGGAUCGAGCAUGAUCAAUGGCGGUUUCUUCUCCAAAGCAGACGAAGAAUUCUUUGAUAAAUACGGAAUUGAAUGGGACAUGGAUUUGGUUGAAAAGGCGUAUCACUGGGUUGAAAACACUGUUGUCUUUCAUCCAAAUUUUUCAUACACAAAUUGGCAAUCUGUUGUGAAAGAAGCAUUGUUGGAGGCUGGUGUUGGUCCGAACAACGGAUUCAGUUUGGAUCACAUCAAGGGAACUAAAGUUGGUGGUUCUACUUUUGAUAUACAUGGAAGGAGACACGGAGCUGUGGAGUUGCUUAACCAAGAACCUAAAGAACUUGGAGUGGGAAUUCAUGCCACAGUCGAGAAGAUCAUCUUCUCUUCCAAGAGAUCAAUUAUUUCGGCUCGAGGCGUAAAAUAUGCUGAUUCCAAUGGUAGGUCUCAUUGGGCGUAUGUGCGUGGUAAGGGAGAGGUUAUUCUGAGUGCAGGGGCAAUUGGGAGUCCUCAGCUUCUACUUCUUAGCGGUGUUGGCCCUCAGUCCUACCUAUCCUCUUUGAAAAUCCCAGUUGUUCACCCCCAACCUCACACUGGACAAUUCAUGUAUGACAAUCCUCGUAAUUCCAUUAGCAUUUUAUCCCCGUUUCCACUAGAGCCCUCAUUGAUAAAGAUUGCUGGUAUUACCGACAAUUACUACAUAGAGGCCUUCAGUGUUGGCACUCCAAUUUCUACAACACCCUUCAGUAUUUUUCCGGAUCCAACUAAACAUAUUGAGAUAAAUUCAAGUUGGGGACAGAUUUGUAUGAAAAUCGAGGGACCAUCUUAUGGUAAUCUUAAGCUUCAAUCAUCAUCUGAUGUGAGAGUCGGUCCAAAUGUCCGGUUCAACUACUUUGCAGAUCCAUUGGACCUUGCUCAUUGUGUUUCUGGCAUGAAAAAGAUUGGAGAGUUGUUAAACACCAAGGCACUGCAAGCAUUUAAGGUUGAAGCUUCGUCGAGCACAAAAGCUUACAAGUUUUAUGGUCCCACUUUACCCAUGAACCAGACAAACGAUGCAUCUUUCGGAGAAUUUUGCCGUGAUACAGUAUCAACAAUUUGGCAUUACCACGGCGGAUGCCUCGUCGGAAAGGUGGUUGAUAGCAGCCUGCGGGUCAUGGGAAUCGAUACGUCACGUGUUGUUGACGCAUCCACAUUCAAUUUCACACCGGGGACAAAUCCUCAGGCAACCCUUAUGAUGCUGGGCCGGUACAUUGGUAUUAAGAUGUUGCAACUAGGAUGUUCAUAA